GUACAAUGUAAAUAAUGAAUAUUUAUUACCAUUUCUUUAAAAUAUUCGUAGUAUAAGGUACCCGUCGAAAUCUGUGGCGGAAGCAAAAUCAGCAGGCACCUCAAAAUCAUCUACCGAAUGAGCUACGUGUGAUAGAUAUAGAACUAACCUAGUACCUUGCUACGAGUGUUUGUCUUAUCUCACCACUAGAAAUUCGAAGCCUCAUUAAGACGCGCCAAACCGAACAGAAAUGUCUACCUUAGCGAAACCCAUCCCUCCAUUAUAUACCGUCUAUAUAUUACGUUCGACCAUCCGCAACGCCUCAUUAUAUAUUGGUUCGACGCCUAAUCCGCCACGGCGGCUUAAGCAACACAACGGUGAGGUGAAAGGUGGCGCCGCACGCACAUCGAGGAGCAAGCUAAGACCGUGGGAGAUGGUCGGUCUCGUAUCAGGCUUCCCUGGAAUGGUAGCUGCCUUGAAAUUUGAAUGGGCUCUUACCAAUCCCCACGUUUCACUACAUAUUCCAUCUACAUCUCGUAUAUCCACUGCGGCGGGCAGGAAACGGAAUGGCCGUCCUAGGCGUCCACGGCAUACCCUAUCAUCUAUUCUAUCCAACCUACAUCUUCUCCUACGCGUUCCUAGUUUCUCAAGAUGGCCUCUGAAUUUACACUUCUUCGUACCUGAGGUUCACAAAGCUUGGAAUAAAUGGUGUGAUACGGUAGAUGAGCCUCUUCGGGAUACAGUUCGGGUGUUAACUGAUUUCAACCCGACGAGAGCCAGUCAGAGAAAUGGUGAGAGCUCUGACACUGAGGAUGAGUUAGAGCAGCUUUGGGGUAUCCAUGCUCUACCACUCGACUACGCUCCGAUGAGGACCUAUGUAAUGAAGACACAGUCUAUUUAUGACUUCGAGAGGGAAGGUGACUGCAUAGUCUGUCAAGAACACCUUGAUCCGGGCAAGGGCCUCUACGCAACAUGCUCAAAUACCGAUUGUGAGGGCACCGGGCAUAUAUCAUGCUGGAGCAGACACAUACUUGGAAAAGAGGCCGGCGAGAACAUCAUACCUAUAUCUGGACGCUGUCCAAGGUGCAAAGGCGAAGUAGUGUGGGCUGAUCUCAUGAAGGAGAUGAGCUUGAGAAUAAGAGGGACUAAGGAGAUUGAGAAGCUGCUUAAGAAACCUAGAAAGCGAAAGACGCGAGCUGAGUCUAAUAUAUAAUUGCGAUCCCUUUUGAGCUAUAGACCUUUGUAGAUCCCCCGGUUUUUAUAGCGAGGUGUUGGGUGUCAUUAGAAGAGACCGGGAACGAAUACUUUGUGUUUGUUUAUUCUAACCACCUGAACAUAACCAAAUUUGAGUACUUGUAACUGGGGAUGAAAUUUCAUCGUUUCUAUUCGAACCCU